GCUUUAACAUUUGCUCUGCCCAUUCCUCAGUACAAAAGCCAUCCGGCCACCUUUCCGCUUCAAUUUUCCGGCGAUUUUUAUUUUUUGUUCCUUAUAUUGGAGGAGGAGCUCCGGAACAUUCACUAUGAUUUGCGCUUCUCAGGUCCUCCGUCACUCAAGAAAGGUUAAGAACACUUCCAAUUUGGUUAAGCAUGAUUAUGCAGAAUUGGUCCGCAGGUUUGGAAGUGACACAAGGGUCUUUGCCAGUAAAGGAGAUGAUAUUUUGAGGGUGAGGCAACCUCAUAUUGUAUCCAGUGACAGUCAGAGUGUCGUUAAAUCAUCCCAAUGGACUAAGUCAAGCACUCUGGGCUUCUAUAACAGUUAUAGAGCAAUGAGUCCCACCAUGGUGUCAUUGGCAGGGAGACCUAAGGAAGCUGUGCAAAUGGCUGGCAUGUUACAGAGCAGAGUGUCUUCAUGUCUGCAGAUGCAUUUGAGGAGAGGGUUCUCAGCCAAUGCAGACCUUCCUCCACACCAAGAGAUAGGGAUGCCUUCUCUUUCACCAACAAUGACAGAGGGCAAUAUUGCUCGGUGGUUGAAGAAAGAGGGAGACAAAAUAUCUCCUGGUGAAGUACUCUGUGAAGUUGAAACAGAUAAAGCAACUGUUGAGAUGGAAUGUAUGGAAGAGGGAUAUCUAGCUAAGAUUUUGCGUGGGGAUGGAGCUAGUGGGAUUAAAGUUGGUGAGGUGAUUUGCAUAACUGUUGAAGAAGAAGAGGAUGUUGCAAAGUUUAAAGAUUACCAGCAUUCAGCAUCGGAUGCUGCACCUACCCCAAAGGGCACUCCACCACCACCUCCACCUCCACCCAAAGAAGUUGCCAAGGAGCCCAUCCCAUCAGAACCAAAAGUUUCUAAACAAAGUUCAGCUCCAGCAGACCGCACCUUUGCUAGUCCUCUUGCUAGAAAACUAGCUGAAGAUCAUAAUGUACCUCUUUCAAAUAUCAAAGGAACAGGUCCUGAGGGACGCAUUGUCAAGGCUGAUAUUGAAGAUUACCUCGCUUCUCGAGGGAAGGAACCAUCAGCAGUGCCCAAGGCUGAGGCAGGUUUGGAUUACACGGAUAUUCCUCAUUCACAGAUAAGAAAGGUGACAGCUUCUCGCUUGUUGCUAUCGAAGCAAACAAUCCCCCAUUAUUAUUUGACUGUAGAUACAUGCGUUGACAAACUAAUGGAAUUGCGCUCAAAGCUUAAUGCAUUACAAGAAGCUUCUGGUGGGAAAAAAAUUUCUGUUAAUGAUCUCAUAAUCAAGGCUGCUGCUUUGGCUCUUCGAAAAGUUCCUCAAUGCAACAGUUCGUGGACCAAUGAUUACAUCCGCCAGUAUCACAAUGUAAACAUCAAUGUUGCUGUUCAGACGGACAAUGGGCUCUAUGUACCUGUUGUCAGGGAUGCUGAUAAGAAAGGUUUGUCCACCAUUGCAGAAGAAGUGAAGUAUUUAGCACAAAAAGCAAAAGAAAAUAGCUUAAAGCCAUCUGAUUAUGAGGGAGGCACAUUCACAGUGUCAAAUUUAGGAGGGCCAUUUGGUGUUAAACAAUUUUGUGCAAUUGUUAAUCCUCCUCAGUCGGCCAUUCUGGCAAUUGGAUCUGCCGAGAGAAGGGUUGUACCUGGUUCUGGUGCUGACCAGUAUAAGUUUGCCUCUUUGAUGUCUGCGACAUUGAGCUGUGAUCACCGGGUUAUUGAUGGUGCAAUUGGUGCAGAAUGGCUUAAAGCAUUUAAAGGCUACAUUGAGAAUCCUGAGUCUAUGUUGCUGUAGAUUGAUACUUACUGUUUCUGCUCGUUUCUGUUUUUGGCCUUUGCAUGAUCAAGCUAAAACGCAAAUUAUCCGCAACCGCAAGUUGAUGAUUUCAUUUGUUCGCUUGAUUUUGUAGCUUUUUAUAGAACCCCCUCACCAAGAAAUGGCUGAAUUGAUGGUGUCAAAUAACGGGGUAUGAAGAUGGAAACCCCACAUACUUUUGGAUUUUGUAGGAUGUAGGGACAUUUUUUGUGACCUAGAAUUGAGUUACCAAUUGUCUUUUCUACACUGGAUGUACCUUAUUGGGAAAACUUAUAUUUUCAUGCAAUAAGAGGAGAAGCUGUUCUUACAGCAUCAGUUAUAAUUUCA